CUUGAAUAGUCACCGCCAAACCAGUUUAAUUGUUGUUCCACUCUCUCACUAUAUGCUUAUCCCUCUCUAUCUAACUUCCGCCCCCAUAGUUAAUACCAAUCUUCGUUGUUCAUAGAAAUAUUAUAACCCAAAAGAAAUCCUUCAUGAUAGCUGCAAACCAUCUACGUACUUGAACCAAAAACAUAUAUAUUCUGCAGAAAAGCCAAAAGAAAAAAAAAAUUGGAAAUGAGUCAUCAAUCUGGUUCGAAUUUCUCGAUGGGCGGCGAAGAAGAAGAUGAGGAGAAGAAGAAGAAAUCAGGAAAGAGGAAAACAGUGGGAAUAGGGAAAAUGUUCUCGUUUGCAGAUAGCUAUGAUUAUUUUUUGAUGUUUGUUGGAUCGAUUGGUGCGUGUGUGCAUGGUGCCUCAGUCCCAGUUUUCUUCAUUUUCUUUGGGAAAAUGAUUAAUAUCAUUGGCUUGGCCUAUCUUUUCCCUCAAGAAGCUUCUCAUAAAGUAGCCAUGUAUUCAUUGGACUUUCUGUAUCUGAGCAUUGUCAUAAUGUUUUCGUCAUGGACAGAGGUGGCUUGUUGGAUGCAUUCUGGGGAAAGGCAAGCUGCGAAAAUGAGAAUGGCAUAUCUUCGGUCAAUGCUAAAUCAAGAUAUUUGCAUUUUUGACACUGAAGCCUCCACCGGCGAAGUCAUUUCUGCUAUUACAACUGAUAUUCUCAUUGUUCAGGACGCCAUUUCCGAAAAGGUUGGGAAGUUUUUACACUAUAUAAGCCGUUUCAUAGCAGGCUUCGCCAUCGGCUUCCUCAGAGUAUGGCAGAUCAGUUUGGUCACACUUUCAAUUGUGCCAUUGAUUGCCAUUGCUGGUGGCAUUUAUGCUUACGUGGCAACAGGCCUUAUCGCCAGAGUUCGCAAAUCUUAUAUCAAAGCCGGAGAAAUUGCUGAAGAGGUGAUCGGUAACGUGAGGACGGUGCAAGCAUUUGCGGGAGAAGAGAAGGCAGUGAAGUCAUACAGAGAAUCCCUUUUGGAGACAUACAAGUAUGGGCGGAAAGCAGGGCUGGCCAAGGGCCUCGGCCUCGGCACUCUCCACUGCGUCCUCUUUCUUUCCUGGGCCUUGCUCGUCUGGUACACCAGCAUCGUCGUUCACAAAAAAAUCGCCAACGGAGGAGAGUCUUUCACCACCAUGCUCAAUGUUGUUAUAUCCGGCCUGUCACUUGGGCAAGCCGCACCGGAUAUCACGGCCUUCAUACGGGCAAAGGCGGCCGCGUACCCUAUCUUCGAGAUGAUCGAGAGGAACGGGGCGAGUAAGAGCAGCUCCAGAGAUGGGAAGAAGCUGAGCAAAGUAGAAGGUCACAUAAAGUUCAAGAAUGUGAUGUUCAGCUACCCGUCUCGGCCGGAUGUGUUGAUCUUCAACAAGCUGUCCCUGGAUAUCCCUCCCGGGAAGAUCGUGGCGCUCGUCGGAGGCAGCGGAUCGGGGAAGAGCACUGUGAUAUCCUUGAUAGAGCGCUUCUACGACCCCUUAUCUGGCCAAGUUUCACUUGAUGGAACUGAUGUGAGAGAGUUUGAUCUCAAGUGGCUUAGACAGCAGAUAGGUUUAGUGAAUCAGGAACCUGCUCUCUUUGCCACCACCAUCAGGGAUAACAUUCUCUAUGGGAAACACGAUGCCACCAAUGAGGAGAUCACACGCGCCGCCAAACUCUCUGAGGCUAUCAACUUCAUAAGCAACCUUCCUGAUAGAUUUGAAACUCAGGUGGGGGAGAGAGGAGUGCAACUAUCCGGUGGGCAGAAGCAGAGAAUCGCGAUAUCUCGUGCAAUAGUGAAGAACCCUUCGAUAUUGUUGCUGGACGAAGCCACGAGUGCGCUGGAUGCAGAGUCGGAGAAGAGCGUGCAGGAGGCGCUUGACCGCGUGAUGGUGGGAAGAACCACCGUGAUCGUUGCACACCGUCUCUCCACAAUCAGAAACGCUGAUGUGAUUGCUGUUGUGCAAAAUGGGGCAAUAGUCGAGACUGGAAGCCAUGAAGAUCUCAUCUCGAGGCCAAACAGUGCCUACGCUUCACUUGCUCAGCUGCAAGAGACCGCUUCCCUCACUCGCUUGCCCUCUCACGGAUCUGCAAUGGCCCGCCCUCUAAGUAUUAGGUACUCCCGGGAAGGUAGCAUAAGGUAUUCAAGGGAGCUAUCGCGCACAACAAGAAGCCUGGGUGCAAGUUUUCGAUCUGAGAAAUCUGUGAGCAGAUUUGGUGGUGAUGGAGCCGAGAGGCCACCCAAGGUGUCUUCAAAGAGGCUGUAUGCGAUGGUGCGGCCUGACUGGUUCUACGGCAUCUCCGGCACAAUCUGCGCCUUCAUUGCCGGCGCGCAGUUCCCUCUCUUCGCAGUUGGCGUCACUCAAGCUCUCGUAUCUUACUACUUGGAUUGGGACACCACGUGUCGAGAAGUCAAGAAGAUCGCCUUCCUCUUCACCGGAGGCGCUAUUCUAACUGUAAUCGUCCACGCCAUCGCGCAUCUCAGCUUCGGGAUAAUGGGAGAGCGCCUCACUCUUCGUGUUCGAGAGAAGAUGUUCACUGCCAUGUUGAGGAACGAGAUCGGAUGGUUCGACGACGUGAACAACACGAGCGCCAUGCUCGCGUCGCGGCUGGAAAGUGAGGCGACGUUGUUGAAGACGGUGGUGGUUGAUCACUCCACCAUUCUACUGCAGAAUGUAGGCCUUGUCCUUACCUCAUUCGUUAUCGCCUUCAUGUUGAACUGGAGGCUCACUCUUGUCGUCAUCGCCACCUAUCCUUUGAUAAUCAGUGGUCAUAUUAGUGAGAAACUCUUCAUGAAAGGCUAUGGCGUCGACCUGAACAAAGCGUAUCUGAAAGCUAACAUGCUUGCCGGAGAAGCCGUGAGCAACAUCCGCACUGUAGCAGCGUUUUGCUCGGAGGAGAAAGUCGUACAUCUCUAUGCACAGGAGCUUAUUGAGCCAUCGAGGAGUUCAUUCAGGCGCGGCCAAGCUGCAGGGAUCUUUUAUGGAGUCUCUCAGUUCUUCAUCUUCUCAUCCUACGGUCUUGCCUUGUGGUAUGGUUCUACUCUGAUGGAGAAGGGGCUCUCCGGGUUUAAGUCAGUGAUGAAAUCAUUUAUGGUGCUGAUUGUGACGGCCUUAGCUAUGGGCGAGACACUAGCCAUGGCGCCGGACCUUCUCAAGGGCAACAGAAUGGUGGCAUCCGUGUUUGAAGUGCUGGAUCGGAGGACUGAGAUUGUGAACGACGUUGGAGAAGAGGUUGCACGAGUUGAAGGCACAAUCGAGCUCAAGGACGUUGAGUUCAGCUACCCCUCGAGGCCUAACGUCAUGAUUUUCAAGGACUUCAGCUUGAGAGUUCACUCUGGAAGAAGUAUGGCACUUGUAGGCCAGAGUGGUUCAGGCAAAAGCUCUGUCAUUGCACUCAUUCUCAGAUUCUACGAUCCCACUUCUGGGAAAGUAUUGGUAGACGGAAAGGACAUAAAGAAGCUGAAGCUCAAGUCACUAAGGAAACACAUAGGGUUGGUGCAGCAAGAGCCAGCUCUGUUUGCCACAUCUAUCUAUGAAAACAUUCUGUAUGGCAAAGAGGGAGCCACAGAGUGUGAGAUAAUGGAAGCAGCAAAGCUUGCAAACGCGCAUAGCUUCAUCAGCGCCCUCCCGGAAGGGUACUCGACCCGGGUCGGGGAACGUGGGGUCCAGCUCUCCGGAGGGCAGAAGCAAAGGGUGGCCAUUGCGAGGGCGAUUCUAAAGAACCCUUCGAUCCUGCUCCUGGAUGAAGCGACCAGCGCUCUGGAUGUGGAGUCGGAGCGCGUGGUGCAGCAGGCCCUCGACCGGCUGAUGAAGAACCGGACGACGGUGAUGGUGGCGCACCGGCUGUCGACCAUCAAGAAUGCGGAUCAGAUAUCGGUGUUGCAAGACGGGAAGAUCAUCGAGCAAGGGACUCAUUCAAGCCUUGUAGAGAACAAAGAGGGUGCCUAUUAUAAGUUGAUAAACCUGCAGAGGCAACAUCAACACUAACUGCUUUCAGCUAUACACAUUUUUUUCAACAAAUGUAAGUGAUUGUCUUUGUUGGAAAGUAUUGGACGUGAUGUUUAUUAAUUUGACAUGUUUAAUUGAUGUAUGCUGAAAUCGCAAAAGCAAUAAAAUCUUUCAUACGUGUGUAUAAUACGUGUGUUAUACAAA